GAAGAAGAAAGCAUUGUAGAAUUGUGUGAGAAAUAGAGACACAUGAACCCUUAUAUAUAGCAUCGGAUGAAACAUAGAAAUGAACGAUUAAAAUAAUGUUUAAAAUGUGUAUUUAUUGGAAAUUGAGAGUUCUAUAAUUGAGAGUUUCACUGUUGAGUUGACCAAGUAGUCGCUUGGAAGCAUGAGAGCGCGGGUUAAAGAAAUUGCCGUUGCGUGAUCGGAAACCUGAUUUGGGCGAAAGCAAAUGGCGAAAGUUUGCUGUGAUUUUCGGUUCCUUCUCUUGGUUGCAGCUGGCGUCUUCAUCUACAUUCAGAUGAGGCUUUUCGCAACACAAUCAGAAUAUGCCGAUCGCCUUGCUGCUGCUAUUGAAGCUGAAAACCACUGUACAACUCAAUCACGGUCAUUGAUUGAUCAGAUUAGCUUGCAACAAGGACGCAUUGUCGCCCUCGAAGAAGAAAGGAAGCGUCGAGACCAAGAGUGUGGACAAAUGAAGUCUCUUAUUCAAGAUCUUGAAAGAAAAGGCGUACAGAGGCUGAUCGAUAAAAUCCAGGUUCCAGUGGCAGCUGUUGUGGUCAUGGCAUGUAAUCGUGCUGAUUACCUUGAGAGGACUAUUAAGUCUGUUUUGAAAUAUCAAAGGCCCAUCUCUUCAAGAUAUCCUUUAUUCAUAUCUCAGGAUGGUUCAAAUCCAGAUGUUAAAAGUAAGGCUUUGAGCUAUGAUCAAUUAUCUUAUAUGCAGCACUUAGAUUCUGAACCAAUUCAGACUGAAAGGCCAGGAGAGUUAAUUGCUUACUACAAGAUUGCACGUCAUUACAAGUGGGCUCUAGAUCAACUGUUCUACAAGCAUAACUUCAGUCGAGUAAUCAUUCUUGAAGAUGACAUGGAAAUAGCACCUGAUUUCUUUGAUUAUUUUGAAGCUGCAGCAGCUCUCCUUGACAAGGAUAAGUCCAUUAUGGCUGUCUCAUCAUGGAAUGACAAUGGACAGAAGCAUUUUGUACAUGAUCCAUAUGAACUUUAUCGCUCAGACUUCUUUCCCGGGCUAGGAUGGAUGCUGGCUAAAUCUACAUGGGAUGAACUAUCACCAAAAUGGCCAAAGGCUUACUGGGAUGACUGGUUCAGACUAAAAGAGAAUCACAAAGGACGGCAAUUUAUCCGUCCUGAAGUAUGCAGAACAUAUAAUUUCGGCAAGCAUGGUUCUAGUUUGGGACAGUUUUUUGAGCAAUAUCUUGAGCCGAUCAAGCUGAAUGAUGUCCAGGUUGAUUGGAAGUCAAUGGACUUGAGCUAUUUACUGGAGGCCAAAUAUGCUAUGUACUUUGCCAACAAUGUUAAAACAGCUAAACCUGUCUUUGGAGCUGACAUGGUUCUAAAGGCAUCUAAUAUUGAUGGUGAUGUGCGUAUUAAGUAUAAAGAUCAGUCAGACUUUGAAAGCAUUGCCAGCCAAUUUGGUAUAUUUCAAGAGUGGAAGGAUGGUGUUCCCAGGACUGCCUAUAAAGGAGUAGUUGUUUUCAGAUAUCAAAGCACAAAGCGGAUAUUCCUUGUUGGUCCCGAAUCUUUGAAGCUACUUCAGAUUGAAGAUUCUUAAUGCUGGAGGAGAUAAAAAAAUAUUCAUAGCGUUAAAGAAUAGUCGUUUGAAGAUCGCAACAAAGUGUUGCUGAGUGAUUUAUACUGAGCUUAAAAUAACAUCCGAUAUAGAUACAUACUGUCUGAUCCUCUUGCUUAAAAUAGGGUGCGCUGAAAGGGUAAAAAUGCAUACGAGAAUGUGCUAGAAAACAAUUAAGCCACCAUCUGUAUCCUGUAGAGAUUGAAAUUUUGUUUCAUGAUGCGCUGAGGUCCUAGAGUAGCCAUUGGAAUCAUAUAUAUUACCAUUCUUCAUGUACUAUUGAUAGAAACUAGAAAUGUCUAUUUUUCAAGGUAUUUUAGAUUUGCAGUUCACAGUU